AGCCUGCACCACACGGCCUCCCCCUUGAGGGUGCAGCGCAACGGGGCCGGCUCGCACUCCACCACCUCUGACUAUGAGCUCUCGCUUGACCUCAAAAAUAAGCAGAUCGAAAUGUUAGAGCACAAAUACGGUGGCCACCUGAUCUCCCGCCGUGCUGCCUGCAAGAUCCAGACUGCCUUCCGCCAGUACCAGCUCAGCAAAAACUUUGAGAAGAUCCGCAAUUCCCUUCUGGAGAGUCGACUGCCCCGGCGCAUCUCCCUACGCAAGGUCCGCGUGCAAAAUACAGAAGGUUUCUCUGCUGAGCGGGCGCUGGCCGAAGGCUGCAACCUGGCAGGCAUCCCACUGGUGCGCUCGCCGUCCCUGCCUGCCACGGUCGGCGGCAACCUGACGGACCUGGAAGACUCGUUCACCGAACAGGUCCAGUCACUGGCGAAGUCCAUCGACGAUGCACUCAGCAACUGGAGCCUGAAGACCAUGUGCUCGUUGCAGGAGGGAGGCUCUUAUCAGUUCAGUGCCGAUUCCUUCAGUGCGGCGGCGGCGGCGGCGGCGGCAGCAGCGGCAGCUGCAGGAGGAGGAGGAGGAGGGGCUGGAGAAGGAGUCGGUGUGGGCGAGUCAGCGAUUCAUCAAAGCCCUUUGGACCCAAGUGACCUGUCGAGAAGUGCAAGCAAGCUCAUGAUGGCAUUUCGAGACGUGACGGUGCAGAUUGACAGCCAGAACUUCCGCGUUUCGUCCUCAGUAAUGGAGUCGUCCACGUCUGUCACUCUCGGUAGCUGCGCCCAGCAAGACGGCGCCUCCACUGUCACCUCCACGCCCGUUACUAACACAACGCCAGCCUCUGUGCCACCUGCUCCCUCGCAAGAACCCCCUCCUCCUCCACCCGAGGUGCCAGCUGAAGGACGUUGGAGUGGGGAUUCCUCCGCCCAGAGAACCCCCGUACAUCCCUCCGCCGCAGGAGGCCGCGCCGCUGGCGAGCUCUCCGGCGGCGGAGCCCCUGGACGUGAAGAGAUUGGCUCCGAGACGGCGGACAACAGCUCGGAGCAGAUGAGCAGCAGCAGCACGUCGACGGAGGCGCGCUCGACGUCCGAGGCCUCGUCCAAGGAGGCCCUGCAGGCCAUGAUCCUCAGCCUGCCACGCUACCACUGUGAGAACCCCGCCAGCUGCAAAUCCCCCACGCUGUCCACGGACGUCAUGCGAAAGCGCCUCUACCGCAUCGGCCUCAACCUCUUCAAUGUAAACCCUGACAAGGGCCUUCAGUUCCUGAUCUCGCGAGGCUUCAUCCCAGACACGCCCAUCGGCGUGGCCCACUUCCUGCUCCAGAGGAAAGGCCUGAGCCGGCAGAUGAUCGGAGAGUUCCUGGGGAACAGCAAGAAGCCCUUCAACAGAGACGUCCUCGACUGCGUGGUGGACGAGAUGGAUUUCUCAGGCAUGGAGCUGGACGAAGCCCUGAGGAAGUUUCAGGCCCACAUCCGCGUCCAGGGAGAAGCCCAGAAGGUGGAACGUCUUAUCGAGGCCUUCAGCCAGCGCUACUGCAUGUGUAAUCCUGAUAUAGUGCAGCAGUUUCACAAUCCGGACACCAUCUUCAUCCUGGCCUUCGCCAUCAUUCUGCUCAACACCGACAUGUACAGCCCCAACAUCAAGCCCGACCGAAAGAUGUUACUGGAGGACUUCAUACGCAAUCUACGAGGUGUGGAUGACGGAGCGGACAUCCCCAGAGACAUGGUGGUCGGAAUCUACGAGAGAAUACAGCAGAGGGAGCUGCGCUCCAACGAAGACCACGUCACCUACGUCUCCAAGGUGGAACAGUCCAUCGUAGGCAUGAAAACGGUUCUCUCCGUCCCUCACAGAAGACUAGUUUGCUGUAGUCGACUUUUUGAGGUGACCGACGUCAACAAGGCCCAGAAACAAGCAGCACACCAGAGAGAAGUCUUCCUUUUCAACGAUCUCAUUGUGAUCUUGAAGCUUUGUCCAAAGAAAAAGAGUUCUGCAGCCUACACCUUCUGCAAAGCCAUGGGCCUCCUUGGCAUGCAGUUCCACCUUUUUGAAAAUGAAUACUACCCUCAUGGAAUCACCAUCCUCUCACCGUUUGGCUCGGACAAGAAGCAGGUACUCCACUUCUGCGCCCAAAGUGCCGAGGAGUUGCUCAAGUUUGUCGAGGACCUGAAGGAAUCAAUCGCCGAGGUGUCUGAAAUGGAGCAAAUACGCAUCGAGUGGGAGCUGGAGAAGCAGCAGGGAGCCAAGGCGCACUCGGUAAAGAACAACGGCACACAGCUCGAGCUGCGUGGCAAACAGGGCUCCCCAUCAGGAAACCAGGAGGUAGAUGACAGAAGUGGACACAAUGCACUUGAGGUGUCAAUUCACAACAGGCUUCAGACGUACCAGCUCAGCAGCAGCACGGCCCCGAGUCCCGAGAGCGUGGCCCUUCUUAACCACCGGGGGGAGCUGCUUUUCCAGCAGGGGCCCCCGGGGCUAACCCAGGGGCCGGCGCCUCCGCCUCAGCACCCGCAGCUGCAGUCGGCGGCGAGCACCCCCGCCCAUCACCUCCCCCUCCAGCAGCACCAGCAGCCGGCUGUCGGCAUGGCCGACCUGCGGCCCGAGACACUCAUCCAGUGUCAGCAGAUCGUCAAGGUCAUCAUGCUCGACAACAGCGGCCACGGACGCGUGGAGGCCUUCCUCAGCCAGACCCCCACCCACCACCACUACCAGCACCACCACCACCACCACCAUCACCACCAGCUCAGUCAGUCCGCCAUGUCCACCCCCGUCCGCUCGCCGGACGGCUCCUACGGCAGCGACAACCACCAGCCCCCGCUGCCGCCCCCGCCCCCCCCUUACAACCACCCCCAUCAGUACAUACCCCCGGACCCCCGCCUCAGUCUGCACCGGACCCCAAGCGGCUCUCGGAGCAUGGUGUAAAUAGAUUCGUUAGUAUUCUUCACCCUCUUCUCUACCUAUUUAAAAGUACAUAAUGUACAUAUAUACAUACAGAUGAAAGAGCUAUAAUUAAAAAAAAAAAAAGUACAACUUAUAUGCAUAUAUUUAAGGAAAAUAAACUAAAGAAAAUCCAAGAUUUUAAGAGAAACGUAAAAAAAAUAAACUGCAUAUACAAAGUUUUACUUGAUUCCACAUGUAUUUUGAAAUAUUAUGUAGUUUUAACAAAUUUCUAUAACUUUUUUGUCAGUUUGAACUCUUGCUAGAGAAACACUCACAGAUGUUCUGUUUGUGGACGGAUUCCUCGUAGUCUCAGUAUUCACCACCGGCGUCGAGGGAAACACGUGAAAACCCUCCCAAACGUUUUUUUUGAAUUUUUCCAGCAAUGGAUGGACACAGCAGCCGAGGACCUUCUGCUUCCGUUCGCUUCUCAUCGCCCCCGGACCUCUCAUGCCUGCCGUUGCUGUGCGUGCACCUGCGUUGCACGGCUGACACUUGACUGAAAACGUGUGCCAAAAUACAUUACAUGCGCCUCCACCAAACACGGACUUCUUUGCACUUGACAAAACGCUAGGGCUAGAAGAAAAGAAAGAGGGAAAAGAAGAAAAGAAAAAAAAAACUCCUUUUGCUUCAAGAAAAUAGCCCUUUCAGGCUUCUCCCUGAAGGGGAACGAAAAAUGAAUAGCAAAACUGAUAUUUCAUAAAAAAAAAAAACACACAAAAAAAAAGAACCUAUCUACCCAUUUGUGCUGCUGCUGAUUUAUUUAUAUGAUGGAGGGCCUUUUCUCUUCUACCCGCUCCCCUGGAUUUAAAAAGAAGAAGAAGAAAAAAAAAAAGCAAAAUGGCCGUUGUCCGAUAAACUGUCUUUGUCAUCCGCUCCUCUAUUGUGUUGUGGCUCAAUAUCAUCAGAAAGCACUCGCGCUCAAUUGUCACUCUCCAUACAUCAUGCUACGGUGAAGGAUGACAGGAAUCAAAGGCAACCAAUCACUCGGAUUGCCGCCGAGCCAAAAAGUCUGUCCGCGAUGGUUCUGUUGAUUGUUGUUUGUCUCUCUCUCUCUCUCUUUCUCUCUCUCUUCAUAUCUAAUACCGUUGAGGAAUUCUCGCCGCUCUCCUCUGCUGACGGAGGAACAGUUCUGAAAAUGUCUGAGCCGACCAAACUGCUCCUGAACUUUUCUGAAGCUGCAGCGAUCACGUAUUCGCCGUACGACACUGUCAGCUUCUGUUUGUCAAACGCUUCCCUGCUUUUUUAGGAAAUCACCCAUGAAUUUCCAUGACGACCCUCCUGCUACAACAGUUUAAUGUCAAGAUCUGUGUUUAUUUCAUGUUUUUCCAACAUCGUGCCGCCGUUGUGUGUUCGCCGGGUUCGCUCGCAAAAAAAAAACAUCCAGACACUGUCGCUUGACGCCGGUACGACUCCCAGGUUUUUCGUUUCAGAUCCUUGUGACUGUUUUCUUCUCCCUCCUAACCUUUCCGUCUGACAUUUUCAAAAAGGCAAAAACCACACACACAGCUUAUAUUGCAAAUGCUGGCAUUAAUAUUGUUUGUGCUGUUGGCUAUCCUGCUUUAAAUGAGAAUGGGACACAAAGAAUGCAUUAUCUGAUCUCUUUCUAUUUCACCUCAGCCUAGAUUGUAAAUACCACAUUCGAGCAGUGUCAGAAAGGACAAGCAAGCUACCUUUAGUCCCGUCAAAUUGCCACCGGCCCCGUCACGCGUCCUUCAUUCUGAAAUAGGUCAACGACUGCCCCAGCCUGAAUGUGUCCAUCUUUAAAACAUAAGCCCCCGCCAGGUACCGCGGAAUGGAUGUUGGGUUAACUCCGCACCCAUCUGACCUCCAUCUGUCUGAUUUGUUGAUUUAUAAUCACAAAGCCACUGUGUGGAGGUCUCUAUCUCAUCUUUCUGUCCUUUUUCCACUUAGCGUCUCUCCUCGCGAAAAGACAGAGGCGGGGGGAAAAAAAAAGUCUGUUAUUUCGGUUGGCAGGGAUGAUGGGUUCAAGUGUGUGUAUGCGUGCGUUUGUGUGUGUGUGUGUGUGUGUGUGUGUGUGUGUGUGUUCGCAGUAGCAUCCUACCUUUUCCAGUAAACAAACCCACCCCCUGUUUCCUGUUCAUCCCGGUAAUUGCUUUUGUUAUUAUUUCAGACCACAGUGUGACGAAUGAGGAGCCGUGACAAUUAGUUUAACACUUUUACCGGCUGAGACAAACUUUCAGAGGUUGCGUAACACGUUUUAGCAGAUUGCAUCAGGACUUCUAUUGUUAUGGAUUUUAUAAUGAUUGAUGAUGAUUGUACGGUUGCUCAUUAAUUUGUUUAAAUCAACUUUCAGAUGUAAUGUGAUUGAUUUCCUCAUGCAUGACAUUAGUUUGAAGGCCUAUUGAGCCUCUAAUCCCGAAACUAUUGAAUUAAUGUGCAUGACUGACUUUGCUGUGGGCCAUAAAGGAUUUCUUUUUGUAAAAGAAGGAUUGCGAUUGAGCAGAAAAAGAUGUUAUAAAUGUUUUUCUUCUAAUAGAAAACCCCCCCUUCAAACACAACAUGGCGAUUUGGGCCUCGUGGCAGAUCACACAACUCUUUCAUGGUUUCCUUCUGUUACUACUUCUUUUAUCCCUGAUUGCUCAGUUUUUCUUUAAAAAGCAUUUUGGGGGGAAAGGUUUGUGUGUGUGAAAGACAGGAUAAUGACGAUGCACACAAAAUAUAAUCUUGCAUUUAGACUCGCAAGGAAAACCAAUGUAGCAUUCUGGGAGUGUAGCGAAUGAUAACGGAGCGUCGCGGCGGCAAGUUUUCAUGAAGAAACUCACAAAAGGGCUCUGCCAUACCAGUGCACUGCGUCAUGAAUGACAUGUGGGUCUUGUCUGGUUCUUCAGCACUGUGUUUGCUCAUAUUAGUUAAAAAAAAA